AUGACUGAUCCUCAAGUAGAAUCUACCGAUUUGGAAAAUGAUUUUGAACUCACGUACAACGAGGAGUACGAUCCCGAACGUGAAAAGAUGCUAAAGGAGCAAUUGGCUCAAGCACAAGGCUCUUUGUCGCCUUAUUGGGCACAGAAUUUUAACAAGAAUGCGGGUCGCUUCUGGAACGAUUUCUACAAACACAACGGGAAUCGGUUCUUUAAGGAUCGGCACUAUUUGGACCUCGUUUUCGAUGCACUCCAGUCGUUUGAAUCCAAUGAGGUUUGCUUAUGUAGCAAGCAAUUCUCCUUAUUCGAAGUAGGAUGUGGAGUUGGCAACGCCUUUUUUCCGCUUUGUGCAAAAUAUCCCACCCUUCAGCUCUAUGCCUGUGAUUUCGCCAAGUCUGCGGUCGACAUCAUUCACAAAAGCCCAGAUUUCGAUUCAACACGAAUGGUUGUGUGGCAAGCCGAUCUGGUAAAAGAUGAUAUUCGUGACAAGGUUCCUUCGGAGGGUUGCGAUUUCUUGUUGAUUUUGUUUGUUCUCUCUGCAGUGAACCCACAAAACAUGGACUUGUUCAUGGAGCACGCAUUGCAUGGACUGAAGAAAGGCGGAGUUCUGAUGUUCCGAGACUAUGGAAGGUACGAUAUGGCACAGAUGCGAUUUAAGCCAACACGAAAAAUCGAAGACAAUUUGUAUGCACGACAGGAUGGAACGUUAGCUUACUUUUUUGAUAUUGAUGAGUUGGAUGCGCUCUUUCGACGACAUGGGCUUGAAAAGAUCGAGAAUAAGUAUGUGAGAAGGUGUAUUCGAAACCGAAAGACGAACACAGAGAUGCACCGAGUUUGGGUUCAGUGUUUAUAUAGGAAAGUUGAAUGA